AUGAAAGGCAUCAACAAGCUGACAGCUGCCCAAAAACCCACCACCAGCGCAGUCCUAACAGGUCUAGGAAUGAAUACUGUCGACUCCGUUCGAAAGUGGCUCGAUCGACUUCCGAAACCUCCAAGUCCACCAACCAACGCUGAAAGGCCAGCAAAACGGCAGAAGCUGGAUGGUGCUAGGUUCCAGCUGCCCUCACCGGCGCAAUCGGUCACCAGCUCCCAACAGUACCGUCACAGUGAAGAAUCAAAUCUCAGAAUGAAUCCGACGACGCCGCAACAGAAACGCAAAACGACACAUGACGCGAUCGAUGUCGAUAGUUUGGGUGAUCCUGAUUUGACGCCAAGGCCCGGGAAGGCCACUUCGGCUGGUCCAUGUUCCACCGCUUCCUCACUUAUGAGAGAUGCUCCUUCGUUACCGCCCCAAAGCGACACUAGUCAAAAGUCCGGUCGGUCAUCACCUGUCAAGACUUUCCCUAUAACGGGCAUGGAUGGGCAUAUCAUUCACUACAAGCCAUUGGAUCCAAAUGACAAUGACUUCCCCCCCGAACUAGAGGAUCUUCUCCAUGAUUUGAACACUAUAAACGGACAAACUGGCAUAAUUCCCAUGUCUCUCAAGCCCGUGAUCGAAAGACCAGGACAACCUGAUAGGACACUCAAGUGGCUUUACCAGCACGCAUAUGCGCCAGAUGAUAAGUUCGGGCUAGUACCAGAUAGCCCAACAACAGCAACACAGUACUUGACACGGGUCGAAAACCUUGUCAGGUUCGCUAAAAGAGCCCAUCAGCUUGGGUUCGAUGAGAUCUCAUGGAACAACGAGGUUCAUACGCCAACUCUUCAAUUUGCUUUUUGUGGCGAUCAGUGGCCAGAUGAUGCUCUCGUUGAUUCUCUUUCUUGUAUGAAUGCAUCUCCCAGAGUGGCCUACCACAAGUUCCCAAUCCCUUUAUCAAGAGUAGAUUACACGCUAUUCAUCAACCCCACAGUUGACAAAGAUAAUCGUGUACCAGAAGCUAUACAGAAGCUGAGCAUCUCCCCGAAUGGCUCCAUAAACCAUACAAUAUAUAGCCCACUGUCCGACUUUCCUCUCGCUCUCAGCAUCGAAACUAAGAGAUAUGGUGGAGAUCAGAGGAAGGCUGAUGUCCAAACGGCUGCAUGGCACGCAUCACAUUGGACGUUCUUACAAAGCCUGGCUGGGGAUAGGGUUUCUGAACUCCCAUUUCUUCCAGGUAUUAUAGUGCACGCUCAUGAAUGGAAGUUCGUUGCAACAACACGAAGGGGCAAAGAAACGGUUCUCUGGUCUAGUUAUCUAUUUGGUAACGCUAUCACAACUGUCGGCGUGUUUCAGAUUAUUGCUGGUUUGCAUCGACUGAAAAGAUGGGUUGCCGAAAUGUAUUGGCCGUGGUAUAAAAAGCAUGUACUCAAAUUAGGCGGCGCAACGGUCUAG